CCGGAAGUUAAUGUCCUUGUUAUUAUUUUCUAGCAAUGUACAUUAAAACAUGGGUACAAAAAGUAGGAUCGAGUGCAUCUUCUUCAGUGAAUUUCAUCCUACUUUAGGACCGAAGAUUACAUACCAGGUCCCCGAGGAAUACAUUUCAAGAGAGCUUUUUGAUACUGUUCAGGUUUAUAUCAUAACUAAACCAGAACUGCAAAAUAAGCUCAUCACAGUCACUGCAAUGGGGAAGAAGCUGAUUGGUUGCCCUGUUUGUAUUGAGCACAAGAAGUACAGUCGCAAUGCUCUUCUCUUUAACCUGGGCUUGGUGUGUGAUGCUCAGACAAAGACUUGUGCCCUGGAACCUAUAGUGAAAAAGUUGUCAGGAUACCUCACUACCCUGGAGCUUGAGAGUGGUUUCAUAUCUAAUGAGGAGAGCAAGCAGAAACUGUUACCAAUUAUGUCCACGCUCCUGGAAGACCUCAAUGCCGAUGGCUCCUGCACUCUACCCAUUGAUGAAUCUAACACAAUCCAUCUUAAGCUAAUUGAGCUGAGGAAGGAUCCAGUCAUUGUGCAGGAGUAUGACGUGCCUGUAUUUACCCAAAACAAAGAUUAUUUUAUCAAGACCCAGUGGGAUCUUACUACUCAGCAGAUCUUGCCUUAUAUUGAUGGAUACAGACACAUCCAGAAGAUCUCAGCAGAAGCUGAUGUGGAGCUAAACCUGGUUCGGAUAGCAGUACAGAACCUUCUGUAUUAUGACGUUGUCACCUUAGUGUCAAUAUUUCAGUAUUCCAAUGUGUACUGCACCACCCCUAACGUCCAGACACUUAUUGAUGACAAGUCUCUUCAAGAGGAAUGCCUGGAUUAUGUCUGUAAAGCAGGACAGCGGGCUAGUCUGAGGGAUGUGUUUCUGUUGUAUUGUGGUCUGACUCCUGGAACCACAGUUCGAGACCUUUGCUCACGCUAUUCUCUGCAACUUCAAAGGGUCGAUGAAAGGAAACUGAUCCAAUUUGGGUUGACCAAGGGUCUGAUUCGCCGCCUGCAGAAGUACCCGGUGAAAGUCAUUAGGGAUGAGCGUAGUCGCCCUCCACGCCUCUACACUGGCUGCCAUAGCUACGAUGAGAUCUGCUGCAAAACUGGAAUGAGCUACAGGGAGCUGGAUGAGCGAUUGGAGAAUGAUCCAAACAUAAUAAUUUGCUGGAAAUGAGUACUGACGGGAUGUGUUCACCAAUGGGGCCUCUUUAUUGGUCUGAAAUGAAGUCUGAUAGCUCUCUCAGCUUUCAUACACAGUGAGCGUCAGCCGAGGACAUGAAUCUGUGUUUGGGUUCUACCAGCAUUGCUGCAGCAGGAUGGUGGGGAACUGCAAUUGAAUGGCACAGAAUGUGGCACUGGUCCUCGCACACUAACUGUUUUAUACUGACAAUUUUAUGUGACCAGGACGGUUAAGAGUGGUCCAUUAAAGAUUCAUGUUUGUGCAUGACAAACCCCCGACACAAAGCAUAUUGUCCUGGAAACUUUGAACUCACCUACAACAUUGCAGCAGGCUUUUUCUGUGUUGUUGCCCACUGUUUAAUUAAACUGUUAAUUAAAGUGAGGAUAUUAAUAA